AUGCGCGCUCACUGGCACGACGUUGUUGUGUUGAAAAGGUGGCAAACGGCUGCCGUCCUUGGUCAAAACGUGGCAUUGUUUCCAGAUUGGCCGCCAGCCGAUUGGUUGCCUGAAGCGAAGUUUGCAGAGCCCAGCAGUUCGCAUCAAGAGUUGAGCGGGGAAACGGUGAGCCAUCUCGUAAGAUCUAUUGUUUCGUGGGCACCUGUAAUCCAAGAGAGAGCCUUAUUGGAGGUCCAGCCUGAGCAAGAUCUUGAGGCGGAUGAGCCUGGUGAGAUCGGCGAUGGUCGUUCAUUUGGUGAUGUUUUGGCGGGUAUGGCUCGGGUUGCUGUGACGCUGAAGGGAUGGGGUGCUGAGCUAGCCGGGACUCUUCCGGUGGCAUCAGGCCGGGGCCGGGCUAUGCAUGAUGUCACCAAGAUACUGAAAUAUCUUCGUUGUUCUUGGUAUGCAGGCAGCACGCAUCAGUUGGAUCUGGUCAUGCACCAUGCGGUGACUGCAGCUUUGCCGCCGCAGUUGGCUGCUGGAGUGCUUCAGGUGUUGAAAUCACCGCAGAGGAACCCUUCAAAGUGGAGUUUAAAAAGGUAUCGGUUGGCCUUGGAUAUUGCGUACCUCUACGUGUCUCAAGAGGAAAACUUGCAUGCCAACAGCCGUGGCGGUGUGCGCUUCUUGUGGGCUGAUAGCUCCCCGGAUCGAUACCACAAUUGGUUGUGGACGGAACAGCACCACAUUGCCGAUGCAGAUUCAAUUUUAGCUUGCUUUGAUGCUGCGGCGACGAUUGUGCAAUGGCUCAACACUGCAGGGGUUCAGCCGUUGAACGUCUCCGAACAUAACAGGUCAUGUUUGCGGCAGUUGCUCAACGGUGUGUGCCAUCACAUCCACACUCCCUCAGCGCUGGGAUCUGGAAAAGGUCUGACAGACAUGGCGCACAAAGCAGCGGCUAUGGUGCAUUCGCUUUCCCUUGAGAAUCCUGAUUGGGGCCAGUUGUUGCCCUACCUUUCAUCUUUUGUCAGCAUCACGACUGACAUGGGGGUAGAGAGCACGCUUGCCAAUUUUCGUGUCAGUUUGAGGCACCUAUUUCCAGCUUGGCGAGAUCUCGAUCCUCUCGAGGCAGAUGCAGACGAUGAGCGGCCAGCUCAGCUAAAUGUGGACAUCAGCAGAUUCUUCUUAGAAAAUGCUUUACCGGUCAUGGGCAUGCAGCACUGUGUGUACAAUCUUUUGAAGGAGAUUCAUACGGCUAUCCCUUUUUGGGACGUGUUUUGGCGUGACCUCAAGAACCUGGAAGCUCUUCUCAAUUGGCGGUUCCGUCGUCAACGGUACAUUUCAACGUGCUUGCGCGGCACACCUCUUGCAGAUCUCGAAAGUCAGUUCGAAUCUUUCUCCCAAUCUCUGUACGAAUCUCGCUGGCAUGAGGUGGCAAGCUUUACCAAGAAACUUGAACCGCUCCUGGCUGCCCUUCGCUCUACCUGGAAUGAACGAAGGUUCCAAGGUUCAGACGGGAUGGAUGAGGACGGCGGGCCUCAAUCUGCACCAGCCGGUGCAGCAGCGUUUAACCCCCAAGCCUUAACUCGGUGCUUGAGCAGUGCCUUGUUUGCCUCUCGGGUCCGCAUGGUCAUCAAGUUGGAAGCUUUCCCGGAAAUGUUGGCGGGUUGGGCAGAAGACUGCCCAUGCCACGGGGGUGUCACUUCGGAGUCUUCCCAGUACCAGAGAAGCAAAUUGAUGCAGUCGCACUAUGAAGGCUUUUCGGUUUGUCCAAUGAGUGGCAAGAGGGCUCCAGAGUUGGCGUCGGGCAAAAUCUCCGAAGUCUACGAUGCCGUGUCCAGACAGGCCCUCGUCUCGGUCUUGAUGGAGGCGCCCCUACUACUGUCGCCGGAAGAGCAAGCGCGGGUCAUCUCAGAUUUCGGACAUGCCCGAGACCACAUCAAAGUGCUGCUCAUGUCAAAACUAGAUCACUGGACACGCUUACCUUGGAGCCUCUGCGGCUUGGCUGCCUAUGAUGCCGAAACUGUUCGCCGUAAUGCGCAGGGAAUUAUCACUGCUUUCGAGGAGUCUCCGGAUGUGGACCUUCAUCACCGCCUCACAUGCAAGUUCAUGAGCGGUCAGUUGCUUGAAGAUUUGCGCCGCCUUGCUGAAGGUGCAGGAAUGCAAACCUUGACUCGCGAGUUCCGGCUCGCAGUAGCCGCCUUAAGGUUCGUGCCGGUCGUGGAGACUACAAUCGAAUCGAAACACGCCGUCACGAGCAGGUUGCAUAGGCGCGACACAAAUGCAGGCAACAGAGCCCGAGCUUUUCUGCAGAAGCCGUUGACUAGCGCACUGUACAGAACGGAUGUUGAGGCACAGUUUCAACCCAUGGGUGCAGCUCGCAAGGGCCAUGAAGAUUAUCACAGGCGCAACAAGCAGGUUGUGCAAGGCAAACUGGAAAGUGGUUCUGUAGGGCAAUCUGGGGCCCAGCCCCGGCCCCGGCAGGCAGGCCCUUACGAACGACUUCGUGGUGGCAUGAUUUUGGAACACUUCCGAGUUGUUGCUAGCUCCAGAGAAGAUGGCCGGGCCACGCUGUUCUCACUUCCAGCUGGGUCAUCUGGUGUAGUCCAGUCAGCGUCGAGCUUCUUUGCAGGAGCCGUGGAUGCAGCGUCUGCAGAAAGGCGACUUCGCGCUGUGGAUGCUGAACCUUUGGAUGCAGACCAUGGCGAGGCUCCGGAGUUAGAGGUGCCUCCUUUGUUCUUCAGUGUGGUAAAGAGCAGGCCGAGUGCGAACAAGCGUAUGUUUGUCAACCCGGGUGCUGGAAGAAGCCUGGAAUCGCAUCAUGUGGCUGUGGCGCUACAUAGGGGCUUGCCCGCGAGAUCGGGGGGAUUCGAGGUCAGGUUUCAGGAUCCAGGUAGAACGCUUGACGACGACAACAUUGCGAUCCUGAGCUCUUUAGGGUCUUCCUGCAAUGAGAUUGAGUCCAGUCUGAAAAGGUGGUCAGUCGAAGAAGAGUUGAGCUACGCCUUGCCGGGCCAGUUUUCAAACUCGCGUGCAGUCACCGACAUGGUCACAGCCAUGGUCAAAGGUAAGUACACUGCAGACAAUGAUUUCUAUGUUCCUCCGAUCGACGUUCAUGAUGUUUUGGAGCCCUUGUGUCAGCAAGGCUUCCUCGUGUCGAAUGGCUUGUCGGGCUAUGCGUUGACGCAAAAGGCUAUGGGAUCCCUGCUCAUGCACUGGAAGGCUUCCGACCCAGCCCCAGUAUGUGCCGUGCGUGAUGGUGUGGAUGUGUGGGAGAUGACGGUCUUUGAGCUCGCGUUGAAACUUGAGGACAUCUUUGCAAAAGGAAUACAUGGCCAGAUCCCACAUGGAAAGGACCGCAGAGUUUAUGAAGCCAUCCUCGCAGGGGAGCCCGUCGACUAUGCCAGAGGGCCACGUGGAAAACGUGCGUUGUUGGAUGUCGACGGAGAGGUUAGCUUGAAGCCGAAGCAGAAGCGUGCUUCAGGCCGAGCUGGCCGAGCAGCGCCACAUCCGGGCCAACUGGCUGACGCUCCUCGUGCUGCCCUGGAAGGCCCUGAGGGCCCAGCAGGCGACUCGAGUGAUGCAGCUGGCAGUGCGAAUGACAGGGUGAAUGAGAUUGAAGAUGAUGAAGAUGUUGACGAUGUUGCAGGAGGUGACUUGGAGUUCCUUGAAGAUGAAGGCUUCGCAGACCUGGAGCUCGACGACCUCGAGCUGGAUGAUCAGGUACGUGAAAAUUGGAUGGAUGACAUGGACCCCGACGAUUACUCGCCGUCUGUGCCGGCGGAUGGUGUUGACGAUGCAGAGGAGGUUGUGCCUGAAGCGCAUGCGGCAGAGAGCGUCCCCGCAGACGGUGCAGCAGAGCCACGUGUGCCAGAAAGGCAUGCAGAACGUGAGAGGGUAGUGCGCUCAGUUCCUAACAUGCUUCAUUCCAGCCGGUUCGGCUGCUUUUCUCUGAUACCCAAGCAGCCGGGCAGCGCCGGAACUGGUCCCUUUGGCGGAUUUCAGGGAUCGUGCCCAUACCACAAGAAGAGCAGCAAAACUGGAUGCAAAAAGUUCGUCAGCAUCAAGGGUCCCCGGCCUGAAGAUAAAGACUUGGCAAUGCGCGAAAUCCUUUUUUGGUGCACACAAGCCAGAUCUUGCCGGCUGCAACGGGAGCACCUCUGUGUGCCUUUGAAGCCAACCCCUGCAAUGGAGGUGUUGCUGGCUCGGGUUAUCGAAGACCCGCCCAGUGCUCCUGUUCUCACAGAUGAAGAUUUGGAUCGAAGGGAUGGCCGUGCAAAUCAGCCAAAGCGAGCAGCAAAACGUGCUGCGAAGUCUAAAGCUGCCGCGAGAGAGUCGGGGCCUGCUGAUGCAAGCAGGGCCUCCAGCUCUUCAGAUGGUGAGUCCGAUUCCGGGCCAGAGAUGCAGAGGCACUCUGCCAAGCGCAAGAGUGUUGCUUCUGCCGGGCCCGACACGUAUGCAGAGAUAAUCGGGUGGCCGUCUCGAGUCCUCUCAGACAUGCGGGUCCAUCAGCCUCAGAUGGUGACUUCUUUGCAGUCGAAGUUUCAGAAGAGAAUAGUGGUGACCACUCACUAUUCAGGCCUGGGCACUGCAGAGUUAGCGCUGCGGAUGCUCGAACGUCAGUUUGCUAGUCACGUUGCAGAAGGCGAGCCGAGCAGUGGGAUAGUGUUGUACUCAGCUUGUGAGAAAGAUCCGACUGCCCGGAGCAUGCUGCUCAAUCACACAGCAGAGGCUUUCAAUCCCCAGCAUGUGUUCGGGGACAUUCUCUCACGUGUCCCAGCGGAGCAACUCUGUGUGCUGAAGGACAUUGAGAGCGAUUUUCUGCAUAGAUCCGAACAGCUUUGCAAGGACGCACAGCUUUCAACGGUCGACAGGUCCGACCUCAAGGAUUCAUUGGGCGCAGAAAUGAUGGAGAUGUUCUUGCACAAAUUGGAUCAGUGCACUUUCUCAGAAAGGGAUUGGUGUUACGUUCACAAGAGACGGUGCCCGCUCUGUCCUGUUCGUGAGCCUGAUGCAGAGUACGGAGAAAUUGCAGGGACCACCUGCGUGGCUUGGUCCUCGAUGAGACAGGCGAACAGCAGUUCAGGAAAGUGGCUGCACAGGAGCACACUUCCGUGCUUAGUGUGGCUCUUCUGGUUGCAGAAGGUGCAGCCUUCGUGGUACCUGCAUGAGUGCGUCGUUCGGUUCGAUGCUUCUGCCCUCAUACAGAGGCUCAGCCAAUAUCUAACACUUUCCUUCGUGUUCUCUCCGGUAGACUUUGGGAUCCCGGUCCAUCGGCAGCGACGUUACACGUUUGGAAUCAACUUGGAGUCUCACACCCUGAGCGAUGUCUUGGUGCAAACCAUGGGUGAGAAACUCUGUGGUUUUCGAAGCCCUUCGUCGAAGCCGUACGAUUGGUCUGUCGAUGAUGACAAGCAACAUCGCGAAUCGGUUCAGAUGUCGUUGUGGACGGUGUUUAAGCAGAUGUUCUUCCACGAUGUCACUGCAGGGUGUGAUGUCUUCCUGCAAGCCCCGAGGUCCAUGGUGCAGAAGUACAUCGAGGGCCUGGCAGAUGCGAAAGGCAUUUCAAGGCAGUCCUCCAGCGAUGGCCAUGGCCUCGAUGUGACUGCAGUGCUGUCAGGUGCGCACUUCCAGCGCUUGGUGGGGUACCGUGCUUUGGUGCGUGAGUCAGGAUCAACAGAAGGGUGGUACGUUAUGGACCUGGAGCAAACGAGUGGCUUCAAGGGCAGAAUUACCUCCAUAGUGCCCUGCUUGCUCAGGAACUCGACCUUGUGUAUGUUGCAGGCGACAGGAUCUGUGGAAGGUGCAAGUGGUGCUUUUCCACCUUUGCCGACGAGCUCCACAAGGCUUGUCAUGCCUGUCGAGGUCUUUGCCUUGCAAGGCUUUCCAUUAGUCCUUCGGAGUGAUCUUUGUCAGAAGUGGGCCGAGUUUUUCCCGUGGAGCAUUGAUUGGAUAAUCCGUUCUUUCUCUGGGAAGGAGAUCUUGCAGCUAGCUGGCAACGGCAUGCAUUUGCAAGCUGUUGGGACAAUGCUGGCCCUUGUGCUUUCUCUUGCGCAGAAGAGGAAGUCGAUUUCCUCGAGCAACCUGGAUUCCGAGAAAGAAGGUUCAGUGCAUGGGCUGCGGCAAGUUUUCGAGAGGAAGCUCAUGGCCAACCUGCGAUAUUGCCGUGACGACAAGAUGAUCACAGACAGGCUGUACAAGGCAGCGAAAGCACAGGAUCGCACGGAGUGGCUGUCCGAGCAGCUGUCCAGCAUGGAGUCCACCCAGAGGCUUGUUGCUGCGUACAAGCUCAGGUUCCCCCAGUGGAAGUCUGAACGUGCAGACAACAAGAGGUUCCUGACCCAAUAUGUGGAAAUGGUGCAAGCAGAGACGGCCAUUCUCUACGAAGGCGACGGGGUGAUGUUAACCGAAGACAAAUUCGUAAUGCACAUGGCAAAAGCAGAGAACGGUGGCAUGUCAGGUCAGAAAGCUCGUGUUGAGUUCGCCCGGCUCGUGCAGGACCCAACGACAGUGAAGGACAAAAAGCAUGGCCUCGACCGGGUGCGUGUUGAUUUGGAGGAUCACCUGUUGGCACCAUCUUUGGAGCCUUCUCGCCUUCAAAAGCUCGCCAAGCAGCGAGCACCACAGAGAGAGAGAGACGAUGACAAGAAAGCUCCUAAGAUCUCCCUGGCCUGA